AUGCUUCAUCGGUGGAUAAGGCGUCUUCUGAGGAAACCAAAAGUCUCUGAAUCCGUGGAAUCCCCAGAACAUCGUCGUCAAGAUGUGGCCAACACUUUUGUAGAGCAUCAUCUCACUCUCGACGAACUCCGGGAUGUUUAUCCAGACUCUUACAUUGAUCAGGAAUGCCCUGAAAACAGUGACGGACUUAGCUCUACGGAAGCCAGGUACGUUUUAUUUCUAUUAGACGCUCAAGUGGUUUAGAAAAAGACUCAGAGAUGGCGGUAAAAAUGUGAUCAAGCCCCCAAAAGACAUUAGUAAUCUGCAAUUGUUUGCCAAGCAGUUCCUGUACAAAUUUUGGAUCCUUCUAAUGGGAGCGGCCGUUCUGAGCAUUAUAACUUAUUUCAUUCAUCUCUAUCAUAACAAUGAGGAACCCUUAAAUCUUUAUUGUGCAUUGAUUUUGAUGUGCAUAGUCGUGUGUAUGAGCAUAAUGUCAUUCUUGCAAGAGAAGAAGGCUAUGAGAGUAGGUGAACAUACGAUGUCAGACAACUCUAUACUUACAUCUCUUUGUCCAGGUUGUCAGCGACUUCAAAUCUAUUCUUCCCCAGAAUUCAUUUGUGAUCAGAGAUUGCGAGGAAAGACAAGUGCCGGCAGAAGAACUGGUGGUGGGAGAUAUAAUCAACAUCAGGGCAGGCCAAAGAGUCCCCGCCGAUGCCAGAAUACUUCAAUCUUUCGGUCUUAAAUUAGAAAUGUCUGCGAUUACAGGUACAAAUCGAGGCAAUGUAAGAGAGUUCUCAGUUAAUUCAAACAUUUUGCCAACAUAACUCCGUGCGAAAGAACCUUUAGUUCAAAAAAUAUUGUAAGUUAUCACAUUUACUUAUAGUAACCCCAAAACCAAAAAAUUAAGAAAAAAAUAAUUCGGGGUGUCGUGGCCAGAACCCGCAAUUUCUUGUCUGUUAGGCCUCUAGACACGAAAUGCGCAAUUCUUGUCUCAAAUUGCGGAACGUUGCGCAGUAUUGCGUAAAUUUCUGCUCUCUCCCUUUGGAGAUUUUUUUCUUUUUUUCUCUGCUCAGACAAGAAUUGCGCAUUUCUUGUCUAGGCCUAACAGACAACGACACCCGAUUUAAUGCGUAUGUCACCAUCCUUAUACUAUGUUGGCAAUACACUUGAAUUUACUGAGAAGUUUCCUUGUGUGAUUUAUUUGGUUAAAAUCUGAUACUUCAGGAGAACCUCAACCCCUGGACUUUACCCAUGAAGCUGCCGCUCGGCACAUAAGUGUGUUCGAUGCCCGUAAUGUUGCCUUCAAAGGGUCCUACUGCAUCGAAGGAGAUGCGAUAGCCUGUGUAAUCAGAACUGGGCAUUAUACUCUCUUAGGAAACAUUGCCAGCAUCCAGGGGAACGUGGUUAUCAACGAGAGUCUUCUUCAGAAAGAGAUCGCUAAGUUCGUCCAGUUGAUAUCGAUAAUUGCACUGAGCAUGGGGGUCAUUUUCUUUUUGAUUGGGAUCGUUGUCGCCCGGUUUGAGAAUAUUCUUUUCCAUUUUGUAACGGGCUUUUUGAUCAUUAUCGUGGCCAAUGUUCCUCAAGGUCUCCCUGCUAUGGUCAUGUCCCAAUUGGCCAUCAUUGCGCGGAGAAUGGCAAAAAAGAACGUUUUUAUAAAAAAAUUGGACGUCAUUGAUGAACUCGGUGCUACGACAGUAGUGGCUACUGACAAAACUGGCACUUUGACGGAGAAUUUAAUGAUUCUGACCGACCUCUGGUACAACAGUCGCCAUUAUUCAGGUACCUUCUGAAAACGCAAAAUCAUCACUUCCAUUUCAGUGCAUGCCGACAUUAAACAGCCUCAUAUCAAGGCGUUGAAGAUAACCUCUAAACAGAAACUAGAGCCGACUCUUCCAGAACUGUUAUCUGUAAUGUCCGUCUGCAAUUCGGCCUCGGUUGGCUCUAGAAGAUCGGUCAGAAAGGUGUCCAGUAUAAGAGAAAUGGAAAAGGUCCAUCGAGAAAAAUUAAAUUCGGUCAGGACAAAACGAUUUACUGUAAUGUAAGUGAACGUAAUCGGCACUGUAGUGCGAAUUCAGUGAUCAGUCAGGGAAUGAAUCUGUUCAUGAACCUACAAAAGACAUGCAAAGCCAACCAAGUACUGAAAAAAUCAGCGAUAAUGUGUACAAUUUUGAGGAAGAAGAGCGGAAGAAGGACAAGAGGGCACGAAGAAAGCGAAACGACAUCAUCGGAUGCCCUUCUGACGUCGCUUUGUUACGGUACGUACAGCAAACUGCUAGUGUCGAAGGUGUCAGACAACGAUUUCAUGUAAGAGUUCUUCGACAAAAGUAGAGUCAUCCCCUGAAAUGUGUUUAGACAAUUUUGGAGAUCCCUUUCAACUCGGUCCGUCGAUGGCAACUUGUUGUUUGCCGCUGUAUGGCCAAGCCGCAAUCGGCUGACACAAAAGAAAUGGAAGAAGCAGAUCAAUCCAACUGGAUCUACAUUACGAUGAUGAAGGGGGCACCGGAGGUUAUUCUCAGUCGAUCCACUUACACUUUGAUUGAUAAUGAAUUGGUCGAAAUCACCGAUGACUUUCGACAACGAUGUCAAGAAGCUUGGGAAUAUUUUGGAAAUGAAGGACGGAGAGUUAUUGCAUUUGCCCACAGGCAUUUCAGAGACAGGUCUCAUUUGAAAUUCAAGAAGACCGAGUUUCCGGACGAGGGGCUUGUAUUCCUGGGGAUGUGCGCAAUGAUGGAUCCCCCAAGGUAAACGCGGAUCUGUACUAAUAAAAUCUUCAGACCCGAGACAAGUGCUGCUAUACAACAAUGUAAGGAGGCAGGAAUAAAAGUGUUCAUGAUCACUGGCGACCAUCCAACAACGGCAACUGCAGUAGCCUCCCAAAUAGGGCUGAUAGGCCCUCACACAGACAAAGUAAGGUCAAUAGUAUCCGUAAACUCAUAUAUCUAAGAUUGAGGUAAGAGGGCGCCAACAAGUCAAAUUAAGCGUGGAUGCAAACGCCACCGAAGACUGGACAGUAGUGCUGGGAGAGGACCUAACGAGCAUGAAUAAAUCGCAAUGGGACCAGCUUCUGUCUUACAAGUACAUUAUAUUUGCAAGGUAAUUUGAAUACCCUGAUUGCCACCUUGCCUGUAGAACUACUCCGGAACAAAAGCUCCUGAUAGUGAAAGAAUGCCAAGAACGCGGCGAGACUGUCGCUGUGACUGGUGGGGGCGUAAAUGAUGCCCCGGCCUUGGCAAAAGCAAAUGUGGGCAUUGCCAUGGGAGUUAAUGGAAGUGAUAUUGCUCAGAAAAUGGCCGAUCUUAUCCUGACUGAUGACAACUUUGCAAGCAUUGUAAAGGGGAUUGAAGAAGGACGUCUUCUCUUCGACAACCUACGGCUGUCCAUUGCGUAUACGGUAAAUAAUUACAUUGAAAGUAAUAUUAUCUCCAAAGCUAGCACAUUUAUGGCCAGAAGUAUUCCCUAUCAUAAUCAACUUUGUUCUUGGAAUGCCCUUGGGAUUGGAACCUCUUCAAGUAGGUGUACAAGAUGAGAAAAAGUACGUUCCAGAUAUUAAGCAUUGAUUUGGCAAGCGAGUUGCCACCGGCCGUGUCACUGGCUUAUGAAUCUCCAGAGCGAGAUAUAAUGAAGAUCCCUCCCAGAUCACGGUCAACUUCGUUGGUCACAAACAAGUUGUUGCUGUACUCUUACGGGUUCUCGGGGUGUGUUAUUACUAUGGGAUGUUUCUUUGCGUAUCUGAGUAUUUACUGGUAAGUGCGUGCAUCCUCCUUGUCUAUAGUCAGGCAUCACAACAUUAGUUUCUUCGACCUUCUUUACACUUCUGAGCAUCACUGGAGGCCAGAUGCCGAGAACUUCACAACUUCUGACGGCUUAGUGUUCGAUGAGAAACAGCAGAUGUUCAUCCGGGGCCAAGCUGCAGCAGCCUGGCAAGUGACAUUAGUAAUGUCGCAAGUGUUUCAUCUGUACAUGUGUACUACCAGAAGAGUAUCUUUUUUCCAACAUGGAAUCACAAACUUGGUCAGCGUUUUUGCUGUCAUUAUCGAGAUACUUUUGUUAAAUGUGUUUGUUUACACCCCAGCCAUGCAGUACAUUAUGGAUAUUCAUGUUCCGCCAAGCCACGUUUGGGUGUUCGCUCCCAUUGUUGGGAUUUACUUGAUCGCAUUCAACGAGGGACGCAAGUUUCUGAUAAGGAACUGGCCCAGGAACAAAUUUGUUAAAAUAUUUCAAUGGUAA